GGGAAAAAUCUGUCUGCUGUGCCUGCAACCCAGGGUAAGACUGACCUUUAACUCACGAAUGGGUCAAUUCUCGAAAGAAAUCUAGUUAUAUAGAGAGAGACAGACCAUUUUUUCAAUUGAUCUUUUCAGUUUUUUAAACUAUUUUUACAAUACAGGAGCUUGAACAUGCCGAUAAAUAAAUGUUAAUUAUACAAAUAAAAUAAAAUAAAUAUUGUCAUAGUUUAUAUUUGUCAACUAAAUACAGCAAAAACCCUGUUUGGUUUUCUUUCCGCUGCUGAUUAUUUAAUAAGAAAAGAUAGGAACCUAAUAAUCUAAAAUCGCCUCAGACCUGUCACUCAAUGAGGUGCUCCAAUAAAAGAUCGCAAUAAGCGCUACGUCAUGAAUGUGGGCGGGGCGUCGGCGCAGUUCGGCUCGCAUGCUCGAUAGCGUCAGAGGUGGUGUGCUUUUUUCCCUUUGAGAAUGGCAUCAAAGGAAGAUGCGAAAAGACAGAAGUUUUAUGAUAUCGAGUGUGUGUUAGAUGAUUGCGAUGACGAGGACGGAUACAAACCUCUUUCAGACAGCGACGAACUGAACGAGUCCGCGGAGGAAGACGAGCUGCGCGAGGAAGGAGUUGAUUCUUCUGAGGAAUGGGAGCCGGUUAUUGGACGUUCAGUAGCAAAGAGGCAACAACGUAGCCUCCCUUCAUCAUCUGUACCACGCCGGAGGGGUCGGCCACGCAAACAUCCCCCUCAACCCAUCCCUAUAGCAACAGGCAGGAGUUUACCUAUACACUCUCUUUAUUCCUCACCUAAACCUCAAGGGAGAGGCAGACCCCCUAAUGACAAAUCUAAAAUCACACUCAUGUCUAUCCCCACCCGGUACCCCACCAUCAUCCCUAAACCCGUCCCUUUUUCCACACCUUUGCCUAAUCCCCUUUGCACUCUUACAUUCAGCCCCAAUUCCACAUUUUUUCAUAGUAACCAACCGAGCAAUUCCACACCCAUUCACACCCCUAAUCCUACUUCAGUCGCAUUUUGCCAGAAUUCCACACAUGUACCUCCUCCUGACGCUGGACCAAGCGUUACAUUUACAUCUAAUUCUACACCGAUUCACACCUCUGAUCCCACACCCAGCGAUACAUUCAGCCCUAAUUCAACACACGUGUCUUAUUCCACCCCGAUCACCACACUUAUCUGCAUGCCCAGUCAAACCGGACGACUGUUCGACACGAACACCAUCAAGAUCACUGAUUCGUGGACGGAAAAGCAACCGUUGGAUGAGAAGCUCGAUUCUGUUAAAGAAUGUGUGGCUAGUUCAGAGCGUGAAACAUCACCCACGGUUAUCGCCAAGAGGCAACGUCUCUCAUCGCCUUCACCUCCAGCCAUCACCCCUGUACGCCGGAGAGGCAGACCCCGUAAACACCCCCCUAAAAUCCUCCCCAACUCCAAUGUUGAACCCGUGACUGUCUCCAGUCUCACAAAUGAACCUCCAAACACUUCAAAAUCCACAAAUGAAUUUGCAAACAUUUCUGAUCCCACAAAUGAACCUGCAACUGCUACAAAUGAACCUGCAACUGCUACAAAUCUCACAAAUGAACCUGCAACUGUUACAAAUGAACCUGCAACUGUUACAAAUCUCACAAAUGAACCUGCAACUGUUACAAAUGAACCUGCAACUGCUACAAAUGAACCUGCAACUGCUACAAAUGAACCUGCAACUGUUACAAAUGAACCUGCAACUGUUACAAAUGAACCUGCAACUGCUACAAAUCUCACAAAUGAACCUGCAACUGCUACAAAUGAACCUGCAACUGUUACAAAUGAACCUGCAACUGCUACAAAUCUCACAAAUGAACCUGCAGACGCCUCCAAUCACACUGCUGACCUUGCAACCACCUCUAAUCAAACUCCUGUUGGGUCUCUGGCCGACAGAGGCCUUGAUGAGAACAAAAACAGUGUUGAGAUCAUUGAUUCAGACGAAGAGGACCUGUGGGAGGACUGUGUGGAGUGUGCUGAAGACUGGAAGCCUCUGAGCGUCAAACCGCUUAAAAACAUCUCCAAACGAACCUCACCACAGCUGAGAGACGUGUCUUCUGAAUCCAAAUCUAAGCCUGCUCCUGCAGCCACCGUGAGCUCGUCUGACCAUCAACCCACCCCCAGACGCAGAGGUCGCCCCCCUAAACGAAAAAAACCCAUCCCUAAGUCAGCCUUCACACCCUUCCAUACACCCUCUAAACCCAAACACGCCCCAAAUCCAGUCUUACUCUCUCCGCACACAUCUGCUGUGGAUUUAUCCCGGGUGAAAUCUGAAAACGGGCCCGAAUUGGAUCAGUGGCACGAUGUCACUAUUAAGGACGAGGAACCCGUGCUCCCCGAUUUCAGUCCUAAACGUCCUCCAGGCCCACAGCUCACGGACACCCCGCGCUCUCCUCUGCACUCGUUUCAGCUGUUUUUCUCCAGCUCCGUCGUCCAGACGAUUGUACGAAACACUAACAGCUAUGCAGAGAGGCGGGCAGAAGCCGGAAAGACGCUCCAUUGGGUUCCUCUCACAGCGAGUGAGUUCUACUCCUUCCUGGCGUUAGUUCUGUACAUGGGUUUGGUGAAGGUGGACACUCUGUUGGACUACUGGGCGAGAAAAACCGUCUACAGCUUUCCAUACCCACAAUCCGUCAUGUCCAGAGAGCGAUUCCUGGCCAUCUUUUCUAACCUUUACCUGUGUGACCCUCAAGACGACAUUGAGAACAUCAAAAAGAGAGCCACCCCGGGUUAUGACCGUCUGUUGAAGAUCAAGCCUCUGUAUACCGACAUGAUUUCAGCCUGUAGGACACACUUUCAUCCUAACCGAGAGAUUUCCGUAGACGAGAGAACCCGGUUUGGAUUAAAACGACAUGCCACAGACAUGCCGAACACGCUAGGCUACAAACUCUUUGUUCUUUUCGAUUCGUCCUCGGGAUACAACUGGAAUUUCUUUGUUUAUGAGGGAAAGAGUUCCACGUCAGGCAAAGGCGUCGGUUAUGAUGCUGUGAUGAGACUUCUGGAUGUUAAACUCCUCGGGAAGGGUUACAGGUUGUACACGGACACCUUCUACACGAGUCCGACUCUGUUCCGUCAUUUAUUGCGCAAUGACAUCGUCUCGUGUGGUCUUCUUCGGCACACCUCGGGUUUACUGGAGGAUUACGCUGUGAGCAGAAGAGCCGACAGAGGAUCCAUCCGCUGGUGUCGCCGGGGUCCUCUUCUGUUUGUCAAGUGGACAAACAUAAGCGAGAUCGUCACGUGUUCCACCAUGCACAAAGCGUUUGCGGGCGACUUCAUCAGCCGGAGUGUCCGGGGUGCUGGCGGCGAGCGGACUCUACAUCACAUCCCCAUUCCGCCGCCUGUGAAAGACUGCAAUGAACACAUGGGUGGUGACGAUUUGACAGACGCCCUGUUUGGGUAUGACAACAUCCUCUACAAAACGCGAAAAUGGUACAAGACCUUCUUCUUUCAUUUUCUUGAGAUCGCAGUGGUGAACAGUUACGCUCUGCACCGACACGUGACGAAGGCACCGAGUGAGACUCCUCUGAGCCAGAAAGCGUUUCGGGAAGCGCUUAUAUCCGAGUUGGAAGGUGACGGAAAGGGCGAGAAGCUCUCUGCAUCUGAGCCCGUCACGCCACCCGUCUCACCCGUCCGGACUGAGCAAUGCCUACCGGAGUAUUUCCAGUCAGACGCUCCACUCGGGAGGAGGCUUUGUGCCAUGUGUAGAUUGUCAGGAACUAAAGUCACGACGGCCAUAUUCUGCUCGCGCUGCAGGGUGGCCUUGUGUUGUGUGGCCUCAAGGAACUGCUUUAAGAAGUGGCAUUACGAGGGACACUCGCAUGUUUGAGUUUGUACAUGGCAUGUUUUGUUCAUUUUUAUACGAUUGUGUUUCUUGUUAUAAAGUUAAAUGCAAAAGAAAUGAAUCGUGCGUGGUCUGUUUUUAUUCACAUUUUUUAUCGCUGCUUUGUGAAAUAAAAAGGCUUUUGUGGUUCAGCUCAGUUUAGAGGACCUUUUAGAAUUCAACAGAAAUGAGUACAGCCAUCACAUAAAUCUCGAACCAAGAUCUUUCCUACACAGUCAAGUCAAAUAAUUUGGAUGAAAAUCUUCAAGUAUCAAGGAUCAUGUACAGGCAGCCGGUUGUUAUCGCAGAAAUAAGCCCCGACAGUGUGAUCAGUUGCUACUUGCCACAUGAGAAAAAAACUGGACGUGAAAUGUGAAUUUGAACUAUUCGCUCAUUUUUACCGAACGCUGACCUUCUGCGAGGAAAAGCCGUUUAGUUUUGGUCUUAAGGUAAUAAACGACGUUCAAACGUCACGAACAGGCAUUUUGGUUUAAUCACUUGUAAAUAUAAUGUCAUAUACGUUAUUAAAAGACAUAUUUAUGUCAUUUGUCAAAAAAAUGAUUUGUUGCGUCUGGGUUACCGUGUGUUAUUAGUUUUGAGAGGUUGUUAUCUGGGAAUAACGAACCUGCAAAUGUCGCGACUGGCCAAUCAGAAUCAAGCGUUCAUUGAGGCAUUACAUGGUGCAAGUUGUAUCUCUUUUGAGAAAUAAUAAAACCUCUCUAUGUUUUAGUAUUUUUAUCUGUUAAAAUAUCUUUAAAAAAAAACAAUCUGCCUGAAGAUUGUAAAAUCAAGAUACAUUCAGUGAGAAACAUGGUAAGGCAUAAUGCAAUGGUAAAUGUGUUGUUUCGAGGACUAUAUGCAGAUAUGUUUGCAGAUUAAAGGCUCGUUCUAAUUAGGCUCUUUUGUUUUUGUCAGUGUGAAUUGAAAAUAGCCUUGAGUGCAAAGCCAAAUAAUAAUGUGUUUGAACCAUAUUUACAGAUUGUGCAACAUUGAAAUGACAUGAUCUAUUUAAAGUAUAAUUUCUUUUUUUAUCUCAUUAACACUCAUCUGUUAGUGGAGUUAUUUUCAGUGUUUUGUGUCUUUGCUCCAGAUUCA